UGGACGACCUUGAACCCUUGAUAAAGUGUAUGCCUGGUGACCUAUGGGAGGUUUCCCGUAAUGGUAUGCACAAAACGAUUGUACGUCCUUAUGUGGGAGCUUGCGGAAAAUAUUGCAACUUAUCACAAAACAAAAUUUCUCGCAGACACUGCGACGUACUAUCAGGGCGGCAGAUUGGGCGAUAUUUGACAAAUAUGCUUCUCGAGUUCGCACCCUGAUUCUAUGGAAUCCAGUGUUGGAGCUAUAUGAUUCAACGCUGCUUAGCAUAUUCGCUCGUACGGUGGUCGUUUGGUUACGGUUGGAAUGCCGGCGACGGCAU